AUGGUGGCUCAUCUUCAAAAGAGCUACACAAUCAUAGCCGGAACGUUCACGUCCUUCAUCAACACAUACUCGUUCAAUGAUCCAGGGUGUUUCGGUACACCGUCUAUCAGUCUAGUGGGUCAGAGUGCCUAUGCACAAGCAGGCUGGGUGGAAUUACAUCCAAACAAUGCAUCCAUUCUUUUUUCGGCAAUACAUACGGAGCCUGGCUACGUCGCAUCCUAUUUAAUCGAUAGUAAUGGCCUCUUAAAACAAUUCAGCAACACUUCAUCGUCGGGUAAUGAUCCACCUCAUCUUCUUGUUAUGCAAACCGGAAGGGAAGUCGUAGUGCCCAAUUACGGUAGCGGAAAUGUUCAAUCACACUAUCUGGCCGAGGAUGAGCUUACUUUUAUUGGUUCGAGUAAUGUUGUGACGUUGCAAGGAUCAGGUCCGAACCCAACUCGUCAAGGGGCACCCCAUCCACACCAAGCCGUCAAGUACGAGAACGAAGUCCUCGUCCCUGAUCUUGGUUCGGACAAAGUCUGGCGGCUCACUAAAUCUGGGACAAAUUGGCUAAUUUCCGGUUUCAUUCAACAACCAUUUGGUACAGGACCAAGGCAUAUAGUUCCUUUCGGCGACAACCUUUACACAUUGCACGAACUCUCCAGUACUCUAACGGCACAAACCAUUCCUCCCCUCGGUUCCUCCACACCUCCGCAACUUCUCGCGAACUUGUCGACCUUACCAACUGACAUUCCCGCGAACAGUACCUAUGGUGCUGCGGAACUAGAGCUUACACCGGUUUCAGAAUCCUUCCCAAAGAGGUACCUUCUCGCUUCGAAUAGAAACGUCUCGCCUUCUCCAAGCGCUAUCGAUCCCCGAGGAGACACGAUCGGUAUUUUCGAGGUCGAGCCAGACCUUCGUCUGGUGAAACAAGUGUAUACCGGUUUACAGCAGAUACGCGGUAUGAAAAUCGGGGGCGACAAAGGUCAGUAUGUCAUCGCUGCUGGUUUGACGGGAGGAGGCGUCGCAGUAUUCGAACGAGUGGAAGGAGGCACUAAUCUGAAACUGCUGGCACGGUACACAACACCUGGUUCGUCCGAAAGUGUUGUCAGUUUCGUAUGGCUUUAG